AUGAUAGAUGUUUACGUUAUCAAAACAGCAGGCCCAACACCUGGAACUACUCUCGCCGAGGGCCAGUACACAGUCACUUACACGGCGAAAGACAGUGAGGGCGUUCAAGUUACAUGUUCGUUUUCAUUCACUGUCGUAGUACGCAGGUGUUCAAAGGACUUCACAAGCACUAGCAAUGGCAUCGUGUUGUGUCAACCGACCGAUUACCCCAAUAUUUAUGGCAGCGAAUGCUUCUACGUCUGUAAUGAUGGCUAUGAACUGGUGGGUGUUUCACGAUUAGAGUGUGGCAUCAAUCAGGAUUGGAGUGCUUCCAAACCUGCAUGCAUGGCUAUAUCAUGUGGAAGCCCACCUAGCGUACCAAACGGCAAUUUAAACUGUACGGCUAACACUUAUUCAUCCACUUGCGUGUUAUCGUGCUCUGAUGGGUAUCAAGUAGAUGCUGAUUUCACAGUCCGAUGCCAGGCCAAUAAAAACUGGACUACACCUGGGAAAUGUUUAGAUGUUGAGCCGCCUACAAUCAACUGUCUACCAAACAUUCACGUCCACGCUGGGCCCAUGUUAUCUGAAGUCAAUGUUAGUUUACCCCUACCAAACACAACCGACAACUCUGGUGCCGAUCUGGUGAUUUCCAGUGAUCUUCAGCCAGGUUCUUUGUUUGCUGUUGGCGACACACCCGUUAUAUACACAGCCAUUGAUGAUGCCAACAAUAUUGGAAGGUGUGUCACAUUGGUCAGUGUUACAGUAAAACGGUGCUCAAACUACACUGCUAUACCGAAUUCUAUCACCACUUGUUCCCAUGGCAACGCUUAUGGCUCCGUAUGCACAACAACGUGUAACCAAGGUUACGAGAUAGAAUCAGCGACAACACAGACGUGUUUAGAAGAUCAGACAUGGAGCGGUGUAACGCCGGUUUGUAAACCAAGGGUUUGCGGUGCUCUGCCAGUGGUCGCCAACGGGAACCUAGUGUGCCCCAACGGACAAACUUUUCAAUCGAUCUGCCAUCUUAACUGUGGCCCAGGCUUCAAGGCCCUAACCCCUUUAACCGUUACAUGUGACAUCAGCAUACAAUGGACCCCACCAGGGACAUGUCUAGAUAUUGAACCGCCCGUUUUCCCCAACGGAUGCCAAGCUGACUUUGAAGUGUUUGCCGCCAAACUUGGAGAAAACACGCACGUUACAUAUCAGUACCCUAACGUAACAGACAACUCAGGUUUAAGCGUCAUACUAGUCAGCGCUCCUCCAUCUGGUUCAAGUUUUAACAAUGGCACCACAACAGUAAACAUCACAGCUAAAGACGAGACAGGAAACUUGGCAUCGUGUACCUUUGAUAUCAUUGUGAAGAGUAAAUCAUGCCCAACCCCUCAUCUCGAUAACACAGAGACCAUCGUCUACAACUGUACAAGAGGAUACGUGUAUGGGGCGGAGUGUACGUUGUCGUGUUCUAAAGGAACGCCGGUCAUUGGGUCACCAAAAAUUACGUGUGAUGUAGAAGGAUCUCAAACUGAUGUCCAAUGGGUUUGGUCAGGAAAUAGUAAACCCCACUGUAUAUCACAUGCUUGUAGCGUUCUGCCCAUCCCAGCGAACGGUGCCAUGAGCUGUGAGAAGUUGAGUCCAGCCGGUGAAGUCUGUGCCAUCAUGUGCAGCACAAACUUCACUUACCCGGCCUCAGCGCCGGAGCAGUACAUCUGUUUCCCGUCUAACGGGCUCUGGAGCCCGUACUCAUUUGUGCCAGACUGUAAUGUUCGUAUUGAACCUGGAGUGCUCAUCACAAAACCAAGCGCCCAUUUUUAUUCUGGAACUUGCAAGAGUAACAGCAGUGAGAUUGAGGAGAAUUUCAAUCAAAUAAUGUCCAGUCUGGGUCUACAGGAUGCUUGUGAUAACCAGUGCACAAUCAAUAAAGUUGAAGUCACUUGCGGUUCUGUGACAAAUGCCAGAAGGAAAAAGCGAGCACGGAUGCCAUAUGAAUACACGAUCUCACCUGUUAUUUCAUUUGGUAAACUGAAUGCCACAUCACCUGUCAGCUACUUUAAUCAUCUGGUCAAUUCUGUGAGUGAGCAUUUGAUGAACUUGUCUCUCGCUGGGAAAUUUCAAAUGCCCGGAAUUGGAACAUUCUACUCAUUUAGCCGUGGUGGGAGAACAUAUUCAUGUCAACCAGGCAUGAAGUUCAUUCCAAGAACAAUGGCGUGCGCUGGGUGUGGUCCAGGCCACAUGUAUAGCAACCUGACCAGCCGCUGUGUCGCCUGUUCAUCAGGGACAUACCAGGACAAGGACAUAUCUUUCAGCUGCAGCCCAUGUCCUAGCGGCUCUUCCACCAAGCGCCCAAUGUCAACGUCCUUGAACCAAUGUGAAGAUAUAUGCAGACCUGGAACAUUCUCAGCCUCAGGGAUUCAGCCUUGUGAUCUGUGCCCUGUGGGAACGUACCAAUCAAGUUACGGAAUGAAAUCUUGUACCUCUUGUCCUUUUGAAAUGUUCACCUCACUACCCGGGAAAGAAUCCGAGGAGGAAUGCCAAUUCUUCGAUGUGAGAAUCACAGACUUCAGUCCACGACCAAUCAUUCACCUUUCUGACCCAACAUUGAUGACCUUCACUUUCAUGUCUUGGUUCUCGUCGGUUUCCACUUCAGAAAUAUCGACCUUGACAUUCUCAAUUGGAAGUGACCCCACUGAAGACGCUUUCCUGGCUUUCGAUACAAUACGAAUACUCAUCAAGCCAGGGGAGAUAAACAGGUUUAGUAAGCUCAGGUAA